AUUUCCGGAAGGACAACAGCUCGCUUUUACCGGAAUCCGCCAUCAUUUCCCCCCCCCCCCGCCGGUUUCGGCUGAUCUCGAGGCCCGGCAGGAAUCCUCGCGUCCACCCUUCCCUCUAGCCAUUCCCCGAGAUCCGUUUCCCCUCUCCUUCGCGGGCCUGCCUGCCCCGCACCCCGCGCGGUGGUCUGGGCCUGACUCCUCCGUUUCCCCGGGCGCCUCCCCCUGCCCCUCCGCUCCCCUUCCCCGCCCCCCGGGCCGCAGGCCUCCUCGCCAUCCCGGAGGCCUUCCCACUGGCCUGGGAUGCGGGGUGGGCCCGCUCGGUCCGGGGGGUCGUGACCGGGGCCUGAGGAAGCAUGGCGUCGGGCAGCACCGCGGCCAGUGAGGAGGAGCGCAGCCUCCGCGAGUGCGAGCUGUACGCGCAGAAGCACAACAUCCAGGCCCUGCUCAAGGACUCCAUCGUGCAGCUGUGCACGGCGCGGCCCGAGCGGCCCGUGACGUUCCUCCGGGAAUACUUUGAGAAGUUGGAGAAGGAGGAGGCCAGGCUCUCCCAGAGUCAGCCGACGCCGGGCCCCUGCCCGGAGGAGACGGCGCCGGCCCAGGCCCAGCCGGCGCCGGCCCAGGCCCAGCCCGUGGUGAAGGGCCGGCGGCGCCGGGGCGCCAUCAGCGCCGAAGUGUGCACGGAGGAAGACGCCGUGUCUUUCGUGCGAAAGGUCAUACCCAAGGAUUUUAAGACGAUCGCCGCCUUAGCCAAAGCCAUUGAGAAGAACGUGCUGUUUUCGCACCUGGAUGAAAAUGAGAAGAAUGACAUCUUCUACGCCAUGUUCCCCGUCUCCUUCACGGCGGGAGAGACGGUUAUCGAGCAGGGCGACGACGGGGACGUCUUCUACGUGAUCGACCAGGGAGAGAUGGACGUGUACGUCAACGACGAAUGGACCACCGCCCUCGGGGAAGGAGGGAGCUUUGGAGAACUCGCCCUCAUUUACGGGACCCCGCGAGCAGCCACGGUCAAGGCAAAGACGAGCGUGAAACUGUGGGGGAUUGACCGGAGCAGCUACCGAAGGAUCCUGAUGGGGAGCACGCUGAAAAAGCGCAAGAUGUACGAAGAGUUCCUCAGCAAAGUGUCGAUUUUAGAGUCCUUGGACAAGUGGGAGCGGCUCACGGUAGCGGACGCCCUGGAACCGGUCCAGUUCGAGGACAGGCAGAACAUCAUGGUGCAGGGGGAACCGGGAGACGAGUUCUUCAUUAUUCUGGAGGGGUCGGCUGCCGUGCUGCAGCGUCGGUCCGAAAACGAAGAUUUUGUUGAAGUGGGAAGAUUGGGGCCUUCCGAUUAUUUUGGAGAAAUUGCCCUGCUCAAGAACCGCCCUCGCGCGGCCACGGUGGUUGCACGUGGCCCCUUGAAGUGUGUGAAGCUGGAUCGACUUCGAUUUGAACGUGUCCUUGGCCCGUGCUCAGAUAUCCUCAAACGAAACAUCCAGCAGUACAACAUUUUCAUGGCACUGUCUGUCUGAAACCUGCCUCCUUGUGCCUCCCUUUUCUCCUUUUCCCUACUCAUGCAUCACUCUUGCUUAAUUCUCUGUCUGAAGCGCCAAGGGGCCACUGGCAUCACACCUUCUUGUCUAUUUAUAUGAAAAAGUUGCUUUUAUUGCACCGUCCUCGGUUUGGAGCAUUCACUGAAUGCUCGCACACAAAUAAAUAUAGAGUUCUAUAGAC